CGUCCCCGCCGCCGGAGGAGGUGCCCGCACGCUCGCGGCGCGCGCCGGCCCCACACGCUCGGCCUGUGGGCGAUUUCCUCCGGACCCAGGCUCCCGGGCCGAGGAGGAAGAAGAUGCAGACCUUCCUAAAAGGGAAGAGAGUUGGCUACUGGCUGAGCGAGAAGAAAGUCAAGAAGCUCAAUUUCCAGGCCUUCGCGGAGCUGUGCAGGAAGCGAGGCAUAGAGGUCGUGCAGCUGAACCUCAGCCGGCCGAUUGAGGAGCAGGGACCCCUGGACGUCAUCAUCCACAAGUUGACCGAUGUUAUCCUCGAGGCUGACCAGAAUGACAGCCAGUCCCUGGAAUUGGUGCACAGGUUCCAAGAGUACAUUGAUGCUCACCCUGAGACUAUCGUCUUGGAUCCCCUCCCCGCCAUCAGGACCCUGUUAGACCGAUCCAAGUCCUACGAGCUUAUCCGCAAGAUUGAGGCCUACAUGAAAGAUGACAGGAUCUGCUCGCCGCCCUUCAUGGAGCUCACGAGCCUGUGUGGGGAUGACACCAUGAGGCUGCUGGAGCAGAAUGGCCUGGCCUUCCCCUUCAUUUGCAAAACCAGAGUGGCCCAUGGCACCAACUCUCACGAGAUGGCCAUUGUGUUCAACCAAGAGGGCCUGAAUGCCAUCCAACCCCCCUGUGUGGUCCAGAACUUCAUCAACCACAAUGCUGUACUGUACAAGGUUUUUGUGGUGGGAGAGUCCUACACGGUGGUCCAGAGACCCUCACUCAAGAACUUCUCUGCGGGCACAUCAGGCUCCUCCCCAGGACCAUCUCUCAUGCCCCCUGUCUGGACUGGCUCUGGUCGGAGCAGCGGGAGGACUGUCGGGCACACCGGGGUGGCCAGGGGCCUCUGUGCCCCACUAGCGGGAAGGAUGCCAGAUCGUGAGUCCAUCUUCUUCAACAGCCACAAUGUGUCAAAGCCGGAGUCCUCAUCAGUCCUCACUGAGCUGGACAAGAUUGAGGGAGUAUUCGAACGGCCAAGUGAUGAGGUUAUCCGGGAGCUGUCUCGGGCUCUGCGGCAGGCGCUGGGAGUGUCACUGUUUGGAAUCGACAUCAUCAUUAACAACCAGACCGGGCAGCAUGCUGUCAUUGACGUCAACGCCUUCCCAGGCUAUGAGGGAGUGAGUGAGUUCUUUACCGACCUCCUGAACCACAUUGCCACAGUCCUGCAAGGCCAGAGCACAGGAGGAGCUGCCACGGAGGAAGUGGCCCCGCUAAGGCACAACAGGCUCCUGGCGGAACCGGCGGGCAGCCUGGCUGGUGAGCGGACGUGCAGUGCCAGCCCUGGCUGCUGCAGCAGCAUGAAGGGCCAGGACACACCCUGGAAGACUGAGACCGAAGCAGGCAACAUGACCGCUGGUGCUUCUGCCAAACUGCCGCACCAGAGACUUGGCUGCACCACCGGCGUGUCACCCAGCUUCCAGCAGCACUGUGUGGCCUCCCUGGCCACCAAGGCCUCCUCACAGUAGCCACAGAGCCCAGGACCCAGAGGGGCGGCGCGGAGCGUGGAACACACCCACUGAGCCAGCAGCUCCAAAUGGGAACACUACUAAGAAUUCCCGGUGAUCUGAUGCUUCUCUGUUUUAAUUUUUUACCUGAUUUUCUGAUGUUAUGAUCGGAAUGAAGGGGGGGGAGGGAGACAGAGCAGAACACCAAGUGGUCCAGCCUCGAGGAUGCCGCCUAACUCCUGCUGUGCAGAUCUCCUCACUGAGUUUACACACGCUUGUGUUCUCAACACUAGGUCUGAAUGUGAGGUGGGGUGUGUGCAUGUGUGUAUGAUUGUUAUGCAAGUGUGAAUGUGCAUGUCUGUCUGUCUUCAUGGCUGUUGUGGGCCAGGCUCUGGGCACCCUGGAAGGAAGCCCAUACCUGGCCAGGCUGUUGCAGCUAAGCAGGGGAAGGACGAACGGUUUGCCCAGUUCCCCUCUUCACACCUGCCCACACCCAGACCUCACCUUCCCUCUUUUCCCAGAUGUGCCCUUUUCCAAAGCUAACCCUUGCCCCUGUGUGGCUGACCCUUGAUUUCCAAAGCCAGGGAAGCAGUAGAUGCGCCCCCCCCCCCCCUCGGGAGCUCUGCAUGGGGGAUCUGAGUUGUAGGAAGGGAAAAGAAGCUUCCUGUAGGUGUGGCCAAAGCCCACUGGCUAUUGCUAGUCUUUACUGGCUCAUGGAAUACACCAGGCCACUUUCCUCUCUGCCCUGACCCUGUUGCUCACUGAGAUCCAGGAAGGAGGCCCUCUGGCUAGGAGUCCAGGAGUCUGCCAGGCCCCAGGAUUUACACUGGGACUUUGAACAGAUCGUUCCGUGAGUCUUCAGAUCUCCACCACCUCGUCUCUUCAGGGUGGCUCCUGAAACAGAGAGCUGAAGGCCUGACCUAGUGUUCUAACCCAUGAGGAUACCUGCUUCCUCAUGUCAGCAUCCAGGUCCAAACACACACACACACACACAUAUGCACACACACGCACACGCACGCACGCACACACCAGCCUCUCCUGGCACAGCAAGGCCCUGCGUAACCCUGCUGUGUUCAUGGCAAGUCCCUUGCACUGAGUACUAGGCAAGCCCCCAAGGGAGUUGUGCCCCACUUCAGACUCACUCUGUCCCCACAGCAGCUGGCAGACCACCCACUGGCCCCAAAGCCCACAGGAGAGGACACCUAUGGAGCCCCAGAUGAGCAGCCCAGGACCCCCAAGGGUGAUCUUGUGUCUUAAGAUAUCAGCUCACUGUGCAAAGAGAAUGUGGCCUUUGGAAUGUCCUUAGGUCUAGUAAGAUGGAGUACACUAGAGGAAGCAGCAGCAGCCCUGGGAAGGCCACUAAGGGCCGUGCUGGGGCAUCCUUUGGGCAAGGAGAAGCUGAUUGGCUUUCUUGGAAGCAGAACCCCAGGACUAACCACGUUUACAGGACCUGAGUGUUGAACUGAUGAUGUCUGUAUGUCACCUUCCCAGGCCUGACCCUGAAUACAGGGGGUGGGAAGUGUGGCCGCCUCUUGCACUGCUUUGUCUCUGGAAUAAACUACUGAGAUCAAACUGCA